AUGGUAAUGGAAAGAAAUAGUGUACUUUGUUGUUCUCAAGAGAAAUCCAAUUCCUAUGGAAAUAAGCUUAAGCUAUUUGGGGUAGAGCUCGAGCCCGAUCACGAUAAAAUGUCGCCAGCGGAUAGGGACGAAAGCGUCAAUUCGUCAGCAUCUUCGACCGUGACAGAAAAAUCGGGAUCAGAUCCUCGUCAACAACUACUCGACGACAAGAAAUUCGAGUGCCAAUAUUGUUUUAAGGUGUUUGCUAAUUCACAAGCUUUAGGGGGACACCAAAAUGCACACAAGAAGGAAAGAUUGAGGAAAAAGAGGCUUCAACUUCAAGCAAGAAAGGCUAGCAUGAUCAAUUGCUACAUUCAACCCUUUUACAACACUAGUCAACUACAUAACUAUAAUAAUAAUAAUACCUCUUUCAAUUGCUAUGGAUCGAAUAACCCUACAUGGUUUUACGAUCCAUAUUGCAAUAAUAAUCCUCGUGAAUCCUCAGAAGCUCAAAUUAGUUUCGGUUCAGAUCGAUUGUACGCUGGUGUGAUUGACCACGUGUCGUUUGGAGAAGACACGAGCACGUUUAGUUUGACACAUGCCAAUAGGUCGAUUAACGACAAAACGAGGGAGCCUAAUAAACCCUACAUGUCUAGUUCAAAGAAAAGUUGUGCUAGGAAAAAUAAUUUGGAUCUUAAGUUAGGGUUGAGUUUACAUUCUACUAUUUAA